UCCUCUAAUCUCUAAACUUUUACCCACUGGUUUUAGCACCCAUGACAGUUCCUCAGUCUCUCCCCUUAUCUUUUUUGACCUCAACAUACUUUAUGAGUAUAUUGGUUAUUUUGUAGAAUGUCUCCCAAUUUGGGCUUAUGUGACUUUUCUCACAGCUAGAUUGUGCUUAUGUACAUUUUGGUAAGAAUUCUACAGAAUUUCUGUGUUCUCAGUCCAUCAUGUCAUUAUUAUUGAUGAUGGUUUACUAGACCUUCACUGAAACAACUAUUACUGGGUUACUGUGAUGUUUGCCUAAUGGUAAUUUUACAUUUCCCACAUUUCUUCUACAUUUACUAAUUGGAAUCUUUCUGUAAAGAAGAGCUUCCCCUUAACCCUCAUUUACUUAUUUAUGUAACUAUUAAUUUGUAUCAUUACAGAAUCAUGCAUAUUUAUUUUAUUCCAUGAGCUAUAAUCUAAUACUAAAGCCCCCCCACCCCACAAAAACCACCGAAACCCACUAUAGUUUGUUGUGCCAGUAGUUCCAGCUUGAACCAAGUUAUUUUUCAGUUUAAGGGUAAAGAAUGUAAUCUAGGGUCUUAGUUAUCUAGUGCUACUGUAACAGAAACACCACAGUGGAUGGCUUUAACAAAGAGAAACUUAUUCUCACAGUCUAGGAGGCUAGAAGUCGGAAUUCAGGGAAGGCUUUCUCUCUCUGUAGGCUCUGGGGGAAGGUCCUUGUCAUCAAUCUACCCCUAGACUAGGAGCUUCUUAGACCAGAGACCCUAGGUCCAAAGGAUGUGCUCUUUUCCUGGCACUACUUUCUUGGUGGUAUGAGGUCACCCAUGUCUUUCUCCUUGCUUCUCCCUUUUAUAUCUCAAAAGAGAUUGGAUUAAGGUACAACCCAUUCUUGUAGAUUGAGUCCUGCCUCAUUAACAUCAUAGAGGUAGGAUUUACAACACAUAGGAAAAUCACAUCAGAUGACAAAAUGAUGGACAAUCACACAACGCUGGGAAUCACGAACUAGCCAAGUUGACACAUAUUUUGGGAGAACACAAUUCAAUCCAUGACAGGGUCCUGCAUCUGUGUCUGGAAUCAAGGCUGAAAGAGGCUAAGUUUGCCACUGAGGGGAAGAGUACAAGUCACAUCUGAGGGCUAAGUUAUCUCUGGGGUGGCAUCUGGGCAGGAACAGGAACAGGAACUGGUAGAACUUUGCACAACGGAUUGAGAAUAAAGCUUCUGCUGGGGAAGGAAGGGACCCCAAGCAUGCCAGAGAGUCUCUCUGAUGAUGGGUCCCUCAAUGAAACUCCAGUCUCUGUGGACACAGAUAAGGCUGCCCUUCAUAUAUAACCCUUCAGUGCCAUGGACCUCAGAGGGCAGAGGCCAUAUAUGUGAGGAAGUUCAGAGGCCUCCUGCCUGAGGCUAAAGGAAUAGGGAGGGCAGCCAACACCCUGAUUUUGGGGGAGUGGGCAAGGUGCCCUAAGUUCAUCAGAGGGGCCACAGGAGAGUAAGAGAAGUGAGCCUGGCUCCUGGCCAGUAUCUAAGCAUGGGCUAGCCUUUGCCUCAAACAUGGCCUCUUUUCCCAUGGAACACUAGUUGGUGGCCUUGACCCCCAUCAGUCCGUGGGCUGGGAAAACUGAGGCAGUCACCUCUGAGCUAGGCACUGUUUCUCCUAGGCCUCAUGCCUCAGAGGCCCUAAGCGAGUUUCAUUUGUUAAAGACCAGGCUCUGUGGAAGGCUACCCAUGGUCUGAGACAGGGCUGCUGCCCUACCAUAUAUACUUCUAUCUACUUUCUGCAGCUGCAGCAUCCUCUAGGAGCCCAUGGGUGAAGCUACUGGUGGCUGAGCUCUUAGGGUUGAUAGCACCUCCAGUAAAGGCCUGGACCUCUGGAGGUACCAGCUUUGUGCCAACUUUCCUGAGACCUAGGGUCAGGGCAUGGACAGCAACAGGAUACACUGACUCUCUGCCGACAGGCUAAAGGCGGGCCAGGUAUGUGGAGAAAUGUGGGGGCCUCAUCCCCUGCUAAAAGGGUGUUUCUGGUAGGCACUGAGAGCAACAAGUGAGGGAAUGAUGAAUCCCAUUGAACCUGGCAUCUGGCUAGCCAUGACUUGGGACCCGAUACAACAGUUCACAGGGAUGUCCCUCCUCCCUCUGAGGACUAGGUGGGCACUGGCAAAGGAGAAGGCCUCAAGCAGUAGGCAGGUCUGGGCUCUUUUCUUCCUGUCAGGCCUGCAGGCUGCCCUGAAACACUGGCUGGUAUGGGGACUGGCAGAUUGGCUGUCAGGACAGCCUCAGUAUUAACCAAGUUAUUCAGCCAAGUCCACACUCAGACCUGUCCUCUGACAGACUCCAAAGGAGAUGAGUGUGGGAGCCUCUGCUUCAAGCUGACACCAGUGAGACUUUCAUUUUGUCAGUGCUUCAGAAAGAAGAUCUUGGCAGAGACCAGAUAGAGACUGGGUGUCACCUAGCUCUGGCCUGAAUGUGCUUCCCUGUUUGUUUAUCGGCAGCCUCACCCCAAACAGUUUGCCUGUUGCCUAUUAGCUGUGUUCCUCUGACAAUGGCCACCAUGAUCUCAGAAUGUUCCUUUGUCCUGCACCUGCACCUCCUGCCAAGUUUCUGGGUAAACAGACUUUGUCCGCCCCUCCUGGUGGGUAGAAGAACCCUUGGAGUACUAGAGUGGAAUCUGGUGUGUGAGGAUGACUGGAAGACGCCCCUCACCACCUCCCUGUUCUUCGUAGGCGUGCUCUUUGGCUCCUUUGUGUCCGGGCAGCUGUCAGACAGGUUUGGCAGGAAGUGCAUCCUCUUCACAACCAUGGCUGUGCAGACUGGCUUCAGCUUCCUGCAGAUUUUCUCCACUAGUUGGGAGAUGUUCACUGUAUUAUUUCUCAUCGUGGGCAUGGGCCAGAUCUCCAACUAUGUGGUGGCCUUCAUACUAGGAACAGAAAUUCUUGGCAAAUCAGUUCGUAUUAUAUUCUCUACGUUAGGAGUGUGCACAUUUUUUGCAGUUGGCUAUAUGUUGCUGCCACUGUUUGCUUACUUCAUCAGAGACUGGCGGAUGCUGCUGCUGGCGCUGACGGUGCCCGGGGUGCUGUGCGUCCCGCUGUGGUGGUUUAUUCCUGAAUCUCCCCGGUGGCUGAUAUCCCAGGGAAGAUUUAAAGAAGCUGAAGAUAUCAUCAAAAAAGCUGCAGAAAUGAACAGCAUUACUACCCCAGAAAUGAUAUUUGAUCCUGUGGAGCUACAGGAGCUAAAGCCUCUGAAGCAGCAGAAAGUUUUCAUUCUGGACCUGUUCAGUACUCGGAAUAUUGCCAUAAUAACCAUUAUGUCUUUGUUGCUAUGGAUGCUGACUUCUGUGGGUUACUUUGCUCUGUCUCUCAACACUCCUAAUUUACAUGGAGAUGCCUAUCUGAAUUGUUUCCUCUCUGCCUUGAUUGAAAUUCCUGCUUACAUUACAGCGUGGCUGCUACUGCGAACCCUGCCCAGGCGUUACAUCAUAGCUGGGGUAUUAUUCAUGGGAGGAGGUGUGCUUCUUUUAAUUCAAGUAGUUCCUGCAGAUUACUAUGUCUUGUCCAUUGGCCUGGCGAUGCUGGGAAAAUAUGGGAUCACCUCUGCUUUUUCCAUGCUGUAUGUCUUUACUGCAGAGCUCUACCCCACUCUGGUCAGGAACAUGGCGGUGGGAAUCACAUCCAUGGCCUCCAGAGUAGGUAGCAUCGUUGCUCCCUACUUCGUUUACCUCGGUGCUUAUAAUAGAAUUCUGCCCUAUAUCGUCAUGGGCAGUCUGACUGUCCUGAUUGGAAUCAUAACCCUUUUCUUCCCUGAAAGUUUUGGGACAACUCUACCAGAGACCUUUGAGCAGAUGCAGAAAGUGAAAGGGUUCAGAUCCAGGAAAAAAACAAGCGAGUCAAUGGAGACAGAAGAAAAUUCCAAGGUUCAAAUAACUGCAUUCUAAUAAAAUAUCUACUCCAUCUGGUGAACUGGGAAAGAAAUACAUAAGACUCUGUGAAUAAACGAAAGCCUUUCCUGCUGAAAUGGGUGGAUUAUAAUGACUACCACUAAAAAAGUACCCUACUAUUGAUAUAUACUUGUCAUAUAGUAAAUUUUAGACCACUCUUCCAGAUAAUCCCCUUGCUUUUAAAAACAAACCAUUUCCAGAGGAUGGAAACCAUUUCCUUACUAAUUAAUUUGAUAAACUGGGUUUGUAAGAUUUUUUUUUUUAAUAUGUUAGUCAAGGACUGGUAAAAUCCAUAUAAAUAUUAAUACUCAUUUCCAAGCAUACAAGUACUAUUUAAAUAAAAAUAAUUUUAUUAUACUAACAACCUGAGGUGACAACGACUUGCAUGCAUGUAAGUGAAGCAGCAUAUUCAAAAGUAUAGUAGCUUUUAAAGGGAAUGCUUACUUACUGCAAAAACCCAGUUAUUAUAUGCAGUAUUCCUAGGCAGAAAAUUUUGUACACUCCUUUGAGAUAACUGAUGGCAGAUAAUAAUAGGUUUUACAAGUAACAUGCAGCAAGAGAUCAAGUAGCCUGGGUCAUGGGGCUCAUCAAAGGGACCCAAAGCUACAAUUUCAGCAGCUAUACCUCAUAGCCUAUUGAAUGGUCCACAUUUGUAGUGUUCUUUGUGAGCAAAUGAGCUCACAUAAAACUGACUUAAGAAAUACUUUUCUGGUAAACAGUCAGGAAAAGCACACCAACCAGCUGGAUUGGUACAGAGAUGGUUUGUAUGCCCCACAGCCAAGAGGGGCCAGCACCAAGGAAGACUGUCAAAGCCAACAAUCUGGAAAGCCUAUUAAAACACAGCUCUUUCCGUGAAUACAUACCUUCCUAAGCGUGGUAUUCACCUGUAUCCUCUCCAGCCAGGUGUGCACCAUGUCUGCAGUGGCUGAACCUCAGUUCCACAAAUGAGCAGUGUAAGAAAGAAAGCCACUAAUGGGAUAACCUCUUACCAUAAGCUCAAAAAAUAAAUGUCAGCUGUCCAUCUCACCAUGUGUUAGGCAUGCUGAGACGGGAACAUAGCAAGAAGCUCCUCCUGGAGACUUGGGGCAGCAUGCCUUCAUUGUAAGUGGCUUCCCUGAGAGCAACACUGUGACACAUGUCCAGUGCUAUAGGGCACUGGGAGAAAUAGGCAAGCACUGGUUGUUUAUAUGCUGCUUGGUGGCAUCAUCUCCUAAAAAUAAUUACCUUCAAAAGCAAAUUUUCAUUAACUGUUUUUCAAAGGAACCUUUGAUGUAACAUCUUGAUAAACUGUUAUGAGUAUUUCAAGACCCUUAUCUUGAACUUUUCUGGUUAACUCAGUUUUUCUCUGAUUGUCCUAUUUUUAAUACAUAUUUUAUAUGUGAAGCACUGAAACACUGAUCCUACUUUGUGAAUUUUAUUUUAAAACCCAGUAGAAUAUCUCAGAAUGGUUUAUGCUUUCUCAUUGGACAUGCAGGUACACAGCCUCAGUACUUUUCUCGCUUCUGUUGGAGCCUGUCUGGAUUGUCUUUCUCUCUAUCCCACCUGGCACUAGGCUGCCUGUCCCGCAGCAGGCAGGUCACGCUGCCUCCAAGACACUCUCCUCGAAGUUCCCACUAGCAGCGACCAUUCACUCCACAGUGCUUUUGUCCUGCUUCUCACCACCGCUCAGUUGGGGGCUUGUCUGCUUGCCCCUCUAUAUAAAAGCCUCUGGAGGCCAGGCUCAUUUUGCUUAUCUUUUUAUCCCUCCCAGCUUUCCCCCACCCCUCCUAGUGCUACUUAGCAUAGUGCUUUCUUUUGUUUAAUAAGUAUUUGAUAAAUAUUUAUUUUAAUUAAAGUGCCUAUAACUCUAAAAAAAAAACCAAAACUCUAGCUUGGUGAAAAUGUUAUAUUUGAUACUUAGAAAUUCGAAUUUAUAAAUGCCUAAAUAUUAAAUGCUCUUAAAACUUUUUCUAAAUAUAGAAAGUAAGGAGGUAUUAUUUAACUUUUUUUUUUUUUUUGCCAUUUGUAUGGGUGUUCUAUAAUUUGUAAUAGUAAAAGACGACUUUUUAAAACCUGUUUGUGAAAAGGCAGCAAAACACAACUGAUUAUAUCUUUGGUAGAUCAAAGACCAAGUAGAUCAAUGCAUGCCAAAAAGGUGCUUGAUGACAUUCAACAUGUAUUCCUGAUUUUUUUUAAUGCUCUUAAAAUUAGCUUUAAAAAGGAAACUUCCUGAACUUGCUUUUGAGGUAUUGAUUCAGACCAAUAGCCAACAUCACACCGUACAUUAGAUGCGUUCUCAUUAACAGAAAUUUUACAGAUACAUGUUUUACCACUUUUUAAAACACCAUAAUUUGGGAUGUUCUCAGUUUACAGGAACUUUACCCGAAGAAUUCGGUCUUUGCUCUUGGUUCCUGAGACAUAAUCCUUAAAAAACUGUGGAAUUUAAGUGUCUUCAAGAAGGACUCCAGACCACACCUAACUAACAGGUUAGGUGAGGUGAUGACGUGACUCUGGGCUGGCCAGGUCAGAAAAACCCACUUCGUGAUUACUUUGUGAUAUCGACUGACCUCAGGAGAGAAGAGUUGGGGCUUACGUUACAUAAAGAACCAAAUCCAAACCCACUGCAGUCAAUUCCAACUCGUGGUGACCCCAGGUGUUACAAAGCAGAACUGCUCCAUAGAGUUUUUUGGCUGUAAUCUCUAUGGAAGCAGAUCACCAGGACUUUCUUCUGUGGUACUGCUGGGUGGGUUCGAACUGCCAACCUUUAGGUUAAUAAAAACCCAAAAACCAAACCCAUUGCUGUCGAGUCAAUUCUGACUCAUAGCGACCCUACAGGACAGAGAAAUGCCCCAUAGGGUUUCCAAGGAGCUCAUGGUGAUUCAAACUACCGGCCUUUUUGUUAGCAGCCAAGGUCUUAACCACUAUGCCACUAGGGCUCCUUGAGUACAAACCAUUUGCAGCACCUAGACACAUUAUAAUAGCUCUAGACACUGAACCUCCAUGGUGUCUCAGUCAUGUAGUGCUGCUGUAACAGAAAUACAACAAGUGGAUAACUUUAACAAAGAGAAACUUAUUCUUUCACAGUCUGGUAAGGCUACAAGUUCAAAUCAGGGUGCCAGCUCCAGGGGAAGACUCUCUUUGUUGGCUCUGGAGGAAGGUACUUAUCAUCCAUCUUCCCUUGGUCUGGGAGCAUCUCAGCACAGGAAUCUCAGGUCCAAAGGACACACUCUGCUCCCGGUGCUGCUUUCUUGGUGGUAUGAGUUACCCCGUCUCUCUGCUGGGCUCUCUCUUUUAUAUCUCAAAAGAGAUUGGCUUAAGACACUAUCUAAUCUUGUAGAUCUCAUCAAUAUAACUACUACUAAUCCAUCUAAUUAUAUCAUAGUGAUAGGAUUGACAACACGUAGGGAAAUCACAUCAGAUGCCAAAAUGGUAGACAAUCAUACAACACUGGGAAUCAUGACCUAGCCAAGUUGACAGAUAUUUUGGGGGGAUACAAUUCAAUCCAUGACACAUGGGCUUCCUGGUUGGUGAAAGACAUCUAUGCAUGUGGGAGGGUAGCGCCGUCUGGGGCACGGAAGCUUCAUAUUGGGAACCCUCCCAGACCUCAUCCUAUGCAUCUCUUCAUUUAUAUGCUUUUUGCUACCUUAACCCUUUUCUACCUGACAGUACCUAUAGCAAUUAUUUUUUCAGCCUCUAGAGUUUAUUGGGAUGCUGGUCUACCAUUAACAGUGCAUGCUGCCACAAGGCAGGGGUCGUUUUGACUGUUUGAAACAGAAGAAACAGGCAUGUGCUGCAAAUUACUGUUUUUACAUGGUAUUGUAUAAGGUAUCUGAAUUUUUGGUAGGAAAAAUAGAAAUUUUGAAAAUGGUACACAUGUGUACCAACAGACCCUGGUGGGGGCUGUGGGGUAUAAUUAGUGAUACUUCAUAUGUACCACUUAACACUUAGUGUAGGCUUGUGGAGGGGGUAGGAAAAAAAAAUCUAUACUACCUACCUAAAAUUCAGACACAAUCAAUGAUUCAGCAUGCUUCUGCUAAUGAAAACCCAUGGUAUCAACAAAAAAUUCAAAGCAGAAAAUAAUUGGGUCACCAGAGGGAUAAAGCUGUAAUCGUAAGUAUAGUACUUGCUUUGAAUUCUGUGUGUCAUUCCAGCGAGUUAUCUGACCCAAAGGAGUAGUGGGAGCCAGCAGGUUAGAAGUGAAGGGGCCCCGAGCUAGUGGGUGGCAUCCUGAAGGGGUAGAGGAAAACCCCGAAUUUGUAGCCAGGAGGUCAGGAGUGAGGGUGUUACGUAGACUCCCAAAUUUGUGGCUGGCAUCUGCUUGUUAUUUGGCAGUCUGAAGGACAGUGUCCAUUAAACUUGUGAGAUCUGACCUAGGUCCAGGUGGCUAGGGUCAGAGAAAGAAGUGCUGCAGGGGCACCUGGUGUCAGAACUGAACAGAGAAGUGAAAAAUAGGAAUUUGAUUUAUGUUAUUAUCUUUGUACUAUCAUAGUAUAUACCAUAGAGAAGUAAAGCUAUUAAAAAGUAAAUAAAACUAUCAAUAUUAGAAGACGCACAUAAUGAUAUUCCAUUUUUUAAAUCCAAGAGAACUAAUUUAAAAAAUCAGACUUUCUAAGGGAUUCAGUUAAGUGGAGGCAUAUAAAAAAUAUCCACAAAGCAGCACCUUCUGUGUAUAUUAGAAAUAACCUGCUAGAAAUAUACUGGGAAAAUAUUCCACUCAUCUAACAGUAGUAAAACUUAACAUACCUAGAAAUAAUCAUAAUAAGCAAUGUAUGAAAUCUGUAUGAAUAAAUUAUUGUAUUUCAUUGAGAUUUGAAUAAAGACAGAACAUUUUCCUAAACGAGAAGACUAAAUGUUAAAUUAAUUUACUACCUUAAUGGAUUUAAAAUUAAAAUUUCAAGUAGAUAUUUUAGGAACACAAAAAUAAUUCUAAAGGGCAUUUGAAAGAACAAAUAAGCAAUAUUGUCUAAGAAAUUUUUGAAAAAGAAGAGUGAUAAGGGGAAAUAUUCCCUGACAAGUAUCAAAACACAAAUAAAGAUUAAUCCAUGAAAUAGGACAGGGAGCCCAGAAACAGACCCAAGGGUUUAUAAAAAUUUAAAAUAUGAUAAAGGUGAAUUAUAAAUCACCAGGAAAAAGAUAAAUUAUUCAAAACUGGUUCUGGGACAAUUGAUAAACUGGUUAAAAAAAAUUAAAAAC